AGGUAUCUGGGGCUUGGCUUCCCAGCCUCCCAGGCCCCCCUGCUCCAUGCGCAUGUGUGGAGCCACCACUGCAGAGCUACGCGACACAAGGAGCCAGGACUCACUUCUCGGCCCCAGGAAGGGCAAAGGAGAGACAUAAAAUCAGCUCCUCGCUACUCCCCACUCGGCCAACAAAGCCUCUAAGGGUCUUCCAUCCUCUCUCCUGUACACGGUAUUUUGGAGACUGAGAAACAAAACUUUUCUCAAAUGAAGAGAACUCACCUGUUUGUUGUGGGGCUCUAUUUGCUGUCCUCUUGCAGGGCAGAAGAGGGGCUUCAGUUCCCCAUAUAUGAUGGCAAGGACAGAGUGGUAAGUCUUUCCGAGAAGAACUUCAAGCAGAUUUUGAAGAAAUACGACGUGCUGUGCCUCUACUACCACGAGCCUGUGUCUUCAGAUAAGGUCGCGCAGAAGCAGUUCCAGAUGAAAGAAGUCGUGCUGGAGCUUGUGGCCCAGGUCCUGGAACAUAAAGAUAUAGGCUUCGUGAUGGUGGAUGCAAAAAAAGAAGCCAAGCUCGCCAAGAAACUGGGAUUUGAUGAAGAAGGAAGCCUGUACGUUCUCAAGGGUGAUCGCACAAUUGAGUUUGAUGGCGAGUUUGCAGCGGAUGUCUUGGUGGAGUUUCUCUUGGAUCUAAUUGAAGACCCAGUGGAGAUCAUCAACAGCAAACUGGAAGUCCAGGCCUUUGAACGCAUUGAAGACCAGAUCAAACUCAUUGGCUUUUUCAAGAGUGAGGACUCAGAAUAUUACAAGGCUUUUGAAGAAGCAGCUGAGCACUUCCAGCCUUACAUCAAAUUUUUUGCCACCUUUGACAAAGGGGUUGCAAAGAAAUUGUCCUUGAAGAUGAAUGAGGUUGACUUCUAUGAGCCAUUUAUGGAUGAGCCCAUUGCCAUCCCUGACAAACCUUACACAGAAGAGGAGCUCGUAGAGUUCGUGAAGGAACACCAAAGACCCACUCUACGUCGCCUGCGCCCAGAGGAGAUGUAUGAAACAUGGGAAGAUGAUUUGAAUGGCAUCCACAUUGUGGCCUUUGCAGAGAAGAGUGACCCAGAUGGCUACGAGUUCCUGGAGAUCCUGAAACAGGUUGCCCGGGACAAUACCAACAACCCUGACCUGAGCAUCGUGUGGAUCGACCCAGAUGACUUUCCUCUGCUCGUUGCCUAUUGGGAGAAGACUUUCAAGAUUGACCUAUUCAGGCCACAGAUUGGGGUGGUGAAUGUGACAGAUGCUGACAGUGUCUGGAUGGAGAUUCCCGAUGAUGAUGACCUGCCCACAGCUGAAGAGCUGGAAGACUGGAUUGAGGACGUGCUUUCUGGAAAGAUAAACACUGAAGAUGAUGACAAUGAAGAUGAUGACGACAAUGAUGAUGAUGAUGACGACAAUGACAAUUCUGAUGAAGAGGAUAAUGAUGACAGUGAUGAUGAUGAUGAAUAGCACCAUCUCCAAAUGACACUGAUGAAAACAAAAUCUCAACUCCCCACUACCCUAGAUAGCACAAGGUGCCAGCAAGCAGCCCUGUCCCAUACCCAGCCAGCUCCUUUACAUUUUCCAAGAUCUCUUUUCCCACCCCUUAUCAUCAGGAGCAGCAAAAUUCAGCAAAUGCCUACCCAAAUCUAGAAAUCCCACUCAGCAGGGACAGGAGGGGAAUUCUUCCCAUGUUCACUGUCUGGACUGUCAUGGAACAGCUUUUUCUUUGCCAGACCAUCAAGGGUCAUAGCAGUGCCAGAAUCUGGAAGUAUAGGGAGAACAAUCUCCUAACACCUCUACUCAAGUUUACUUGUCUUUGACUAUGAGGACAAUAGAAUUGACAGCUUGCUAACUCACAAGCAUGGAGUGACCUUAUAAUAAUAACCCAGGGAAGGCACGCGAUUACUCAAUUUAGCCCCCAUACCUACAGCAUCAGUUGAGAUCCUUCCUCAAGCCAAGAGGAUUCCUCUUAGGGAAGACUCAGCCUUGGAAACAAGUUUAUAAAUCAGCUUCUCUUGACUCUAUUAAACUUAUUAUUUCAAAUGUGGGUCAGACCAUUAUGAACUCAGAUCCAAGCCUCUGGAUGGCUACCGAGAGGCUUUGAAACAUGUGUACGGGUGUCACCAUCAUUUCUAGUAUAUUAGGAUACUGGGAUGGGGGUUGAUUUGCUUUCUGAAUUUGCCUCUAGAUGACAAGUCUCAUGUAUCCACCAGCAGUGAUAGUGAUGGGAGGUGGGAGGUGGAGAAAUGGAAGGAUUAAAGGUUUUUGAUUUUUCUGAUGGGUUCAUGUCUCUGAUUGGGUCAGCUGGUUUCCUAGCCUGAGGUGGGAUCUGAAUACCCCUUCUCUGUGGCUGCCAGUGAGCCUUCCCAUUUAGAGUAAAGGUUGCUUUAUCCAGUGGUCAAUUAACUCUCCAUUUAUCAGCACUCCUACCAUUGACCAGGACAACAAUAAUUAUGCCCCGAGGCACUGACAAACAAAUCCCAAAGUGCCUUCCAAGCUGUCUGAAAGUUAUACUGUGCUUGUUAGUUUUAGCAUUAAGUGUGCAGUUUGAUGUUCUAAUUUAUUUUCUCAAUCUGUUAACACAUGUGUAAGACACUGCAAAUUUUUUGAAAAUAGGGCAAUCCUUUUGUGUAAUACUGGCUAACUAACUCUGUCAUUAAACUCAUAUUUUGAAAAUA